GCUCUAUAAAUUGCACAGUAUGCCAACUCAAAAACAUGCAACUCAAACGGCAAGAGAACCUUGGAGAAGCAGGUAUGUCGUUGAACGUGCUGCCUGAAGGAUGCAUAGCCAACGUUUUGGCGUUCACCGGCCCGAGGGAUGCUUGUAGGCUGUCCAUUGUUUCUUCCUUGUUUAAGUCGGCGGAAGAAUCUGAUGCUGUGUGGGAAAGGUUUCUUCCUCGUGAUUAUCAGUCUAUCAUAUUUACAUCCGAUAGUUAUGUUCUGUUGUCUUCCCUUUCUUCCAAGAAAGAGCUCUAUCUCAGGCUUUGUGAGAAGCCCAUAAUUAUCGACGAUGGCAAAAAGAGCUUUUCAUUGGUAAAAAAGAGUGGGAAGAAAUGCUACAUGCUGUCUGCAAGAGACCUGAUGAUUGUAUGGGGUGAUACUCCUACUUAUUGGAGAUGGAAUUCUGAUUCUUCUUCCAGGUUUAGGGAAGUGGCAGAGCUGAUUGGUGUAUGUUGGCUUGAAAUCUGUGGCAAAAUUAACGCAACUAUGCUAUCUCCAGCAACAUUGUACGCAGCAUACCUUGUGUUCAAGCCAAAAGAAGGAUCUUAUGGGCUGGAUUACCAGCCAGUGGAGGUUGGGGUGGGGCUUGUUGGUAGUGAAAAUGGUAAGCGAAAUGUGUAUUUGGACUCACAGAGAGGUCGAGCACAUCGAUAUCAUCUUGUAAGAAGGCGCAUUGGGUUGCACAACCGCAGCCGACUUGUGGGGAUGCAAGAACCUGUGCCUGCUAGUGAAAACAAUGGACAGCAUCCAAGGGAAAGGGGAGAUGGGUGGCUGGAGAUUGAGUUGGGUGAGUUCUUUUGCAAGGAAGGGGAAGAUGGAGAACUGGAAAUGAGUGUUCAAGAGGUGAAGAGUGGUGAUUGGAAAGGUGGGCUGACUGUCGAGGGGAUUGAGAUUAGGCCAAAAGAAGGCAGAGACUCUCUGAAUGCUUUUGCUUGUUCGGAGUGUCCUUGCUCACAGUGAUCUUGAUGAAGCAUUGCAUCGAUGGUGAAUGAAGAGCAGAAAUACUCGCUAGCUUCCUAGCUUGAACGAGGCCUUUAUUCCUUGCAUCUCUUCUAAUUUCCUUAUGUUUCCUUCUGUUCUAUUUAUAUUCUCUGCAUUUUAAUUUAAAAUAAUUGAGGGCCUGUGUUUCUAUUGCCGUCAUAAAUAUAACUCCGUGCCCAAUUUCAUAUGGUAAUGUUAGCUGCGGAGGGAAGCUGUACUUGAAUCAUGGGACGAUGAAAAAAGAGUAGGGCACUUUUAUUUUCACUUGGUGAUGAUGGAAGCUCUGCGAAGCUUGGUAGUAAAGCUAUGGCAUAUGCUUUAACGAGAGUGCGCACUGUUUAGGAUUUCUUGAGAGCACAGCCCUACAAAGAGGUGAGACAUAGCUUCUAAGAUGAUGGAAAAUAUGGGUUAUCAUGUCGGAUUAGGUGUAGCUGGUGGAGAAUGUUAGUCCAUUUCCACGAAGCUCCUCCAUCCAGCAAUCAGUUGAUCGUGCCUUGGAUCCUCAAAAGGAAAGGAUCAAAGAGAAUCAGGGGAAGAAGCGAAAUAGAGGUCUCUUCAAGUUUGCUAAAGGGGCUGCCCAAUUACGAAAAAAAUCCUGAUGUUUUAGCUCUCAUCAAUAAUGAACUUGCUGUGCACAACGAAGUUUGAAGCUUCGACAGCCAAGAAGCCGAAAAGAUGAGGUUUUAGGAACGGAAGUAGGAAGGUGUAUCUGCUUGCUUCACUGCACGCGGCUGCUACGAUGAAGCUUGACGGAGGUUGCUAAGCUUUGACAGAAGUUGAGGUUGCUCAAGCAUCGUGCUGCUGUUGCGUGUAGGGAAAAGGAGGAUCGUUGGCAUAAGUUUUGAGGCCAUAAUGUUGUGUGCUUUUAGUUGAAAAUCAUCAAAUGUGUGCUCAUUUGAAUCUUAAAGAAUCCUGUUUCAUAGUAACCAAUCUGUAGGAGUUUCAAUCAAGUUUGAAAUCUCGACUCUGUUAUGCUCCUUGGUUUUGAAAUUCCAAUCUAUAGUUCGUUCUGAAUUUAGAA